AUGUCAGUAUUGCAGGCUGAGCAGGUGGAACUCCAGGCCGGGCAUCAGCAACCACAAAUAUGGACUGUUGCUGGUGAAGAUGAAGAGGACUUUCUCAAUUGGAAGCCUGGACGCGAGGAAUUGAUGAUCCUAGCUUGCCUAGCCAUCGUGUCGUUGGUUGUGGCUCUCGACGGGACCGUCCUUGUCCCUGUCCUUCCAACAAUCGCAUCAGAUUUGCACGGUGAUACAAAUGAGGCAUACUGGGUUGGCACGGCAUAUCUACUGUCGUGUGCUGUGUUCCAGCCGCUCUUUGUUGCUCUUUCAGAUGUCUUGGGCCGACAGAGUGUGCUAUUUCUGUCCCUGGUUCUAUUCACCAUUGGAACAUUGAUCUGCUGCCUUUCCCAUGGAAUGGCCGAACUGCUGGUUGGGCGUACUCUCCAAGGAGUCGGAGGGGGUGGCAUCCUGUGCCAGACCUUUGUCAUCACGACAGACAUCAUUCCUCUCCGCCAGCGUCCGGCAUACUCGUCCAUCGUACAAGUGGCAUUUGUGGUGGGGACAGUAACUGGUCCCCUCAUCGGGGGACUGCUUGUUGACCACAGCACCUGGCGCUGGGUCUUCUACCUGAAUUUUCCGUUUAUGGGUGUGGGCCUCGUCAUGCUCCGAUCUAUUGACUGGGUGGGGGCUGCGUUGUUUAUGGCGAGUGUCUCGAGCUUCCUGAUUGGCAUCACUUGGGGCGGAGGCCAGUUCGCGUGGUCCAGCUGGCAAACUUUGCUUCCCGUCUGCCUCGGCCUGGUGGGAGUGAUAAUCACCAUCUUCUGGCUGAAGAAGGGGGCUCAAAAUCCAUUCCUCCGCCUCGUCUUGUUCCGAGACAUCUCCUCACGGGCGAUGUAUUUUUGCGCCGUUUUCCAAGGACUAUUGAUGUUCUGUGAGCUCUAUUCCCUUCCAUUAUACCUAGAGGGCCCAAAAGAUAUGUCCCUGACGAUGACCGGAGUCGCUUUGAUGACUAUCACUGGAUCUUUGAUGCCUGUCAGCCUCGUGGUCGGCAUUAUCAUUACCAAAUCUGGUCACAUCCGGUGGGCAUUGUGGACCGGGUGGGUUUUAAUUGCGACAUCCACUGGCUUGUUGAUCUUGCUCGAUAGCGACACCAAAACGUACGCCUGGGCAUUGAUCUUUCUCUCCGUCGGCAUGGGGCACGGUUGUAUCAUUGUUUCGAGUAGUAUGUGUGUGCAGGCGCUGGCGGAGGCAAAAGACUCGGCGCAGGCUGCAUCUAUGUACACUUUCCUGCGGUCCUUUGGGAUGUGCCUUGGGGUUGCCGUGGGGAGCACCGUGACGCAAAACCGACUCCACCAUCAAUUGCAAAUUCGCCAGCUACCCUUGGAUAUUGCCGAAAAUGCUCAAGGUUUUAUCGCCAGCCUGAGAAAAACCAAGUCAUCCUAUUCUCCGUCGUUCAUCUACUCGGUGAAUACGGCAUACGUGCAAAGCCUAAAGAAUCUCUUUGAGGUUUUGGUUGCCGUGGCCGGGCUGGGCUUGAUCGCAGCGCUCUUUUUGAAGUCGGUCAACAUGAAUAAGAGACUGGAUACCCAACAUAGACUUCAACGAAAGAUAGGAUUGGAUCGUGAGGAGUCAGUUGCGUGCGACCCCGCUGAAGCCUCUUGA